AUGUCUGCUACUAACAUCAACACCCCUCCAACUGAACACUCUGUUCCUUUAAUCACUGAAGCUGAAUAUCUUCCAUUAAAGUUCAACAAUGAAGCAAUGAAUGCUAACAUUGAACAAUAUGAUGUGAAGUGUCAGAUUCUCAUUGAAUUUCUGAUCAGAAGCCCAAUAGCUGAUGCUCUUACAAAGAUAAGAGAGAAAAUAAGGGAAUGCUUGGAACUACCCUUAAAUCAAGACUAUGAAGAAGCACCAGAAAAAGAAGACAUGUUCGAACAACUUGAUGCUGUAAUGGGCUGCAAGGCAAAGAUUUCAAAGAUCAAUGAAUUCAAGAGAAACAAGCUACCUGCCUUCUGGCAAGUGUUAAUGGAGAUACUGAACAAAUGUUUAUCAUCAAAGAUUGGAGGGUUUCGGAAAUCAGAUUUUGAUGUACCUAUUCUGUCAGAAAGUAUGAUGCUUCUCAUACCAAAAGAUUCACCAUACAGAGCAGAAUAUCUGAGGAUGUUAAGCAAACAAGCAGAAACCAAAGAAGGGUUUGAAAAUGUGUCACCCAAGGAGCAUGAUGCACAAGAGUCAAGCACACCAAGAAUGGAGCAGCAGGGUGAAUCUAAUCCUCAUCCAGCUGAUAAAGAUGUGAAUAUGAGUCCUGUGGCAGAAGAACAUCAUGCUGAAGACUCACAAAUGGGAGAAACAGGUGAACAACACUCCAAACUGAAUUUACUUCAUUUUUCUGAGAGUGAUUCUGAUGAAUCAAUUCAAGGAAAAUCUGAAAUUUUACAUAAAGGUACUGUUUCCACAAAACAAUAUAAACAAACAGAAGAAAAUAAUGCAGCUCUCAAAACAAUUCAAAAAUCUGCAGAAAACAAAGAGAGCUCAUCAGAAAUUGAGAAAGCUCUUAAAGAACUGCGUGAUAUCAAGAAAAAGAUGAUUGAGGUUGCAACUGCAGGAGAAAGGUCAAGUUCAGGAAAGAUUCUUAAAGAAAUACAGUUGCUUAGAGCCAACAACAACAACAUGACUGAGGCUUUUGAGAAACUAUUAAUGGAAUUGACUGCACAAAGAAAUAAGGAAAGUCAGGAGUUUCAGAAGAUGAAGAAGCAAGAAGAAACAAAUACUCAAGCUCUUACUAAUAUCCACUUAUUAGUAAAAAGAUUGCAGUACAAUGUUGCCACACUGGCAAAAGUUGAUCUUCAUGAACUAAAAGCUCCAAUUCCACAAGAAAAACAAGCAAAAGGGUAUUCAAACCAAACUUUAAAAUAUAUAAGAAACUUCAUAAAUGAGAAACAAGAGCAGCUCAAGAAGAAGGGAAAGAACAAUGAAAAGCUGAGAAAAACAAUUGAAGAUUGUAUUGAAAACUGGAUGGAAGCAAGAGGAUGGUACAAGUCAAUGUACAAGGAAACUCAAAAAGCAAUUGAUCACAAGAAAAAGCUGAAACCAGGAGACAAAUACAGAGGUGGAGUGAAGAUCAAUUAA